AUGCAAGAUGACGAUAUACACGUUGACUUACCUUCGCAAUUGGCCACCGAAAACUACGGCGACCAGUUCUCGGACUCCUCAUACCAGAUUGCGUCUAUCGAGCUUGCCAGGAUAACGGGCAACACGACCAGGGAGAUCUACACCAGGCCAAAAUCGAAAGAUAGCUUCCUCCAACGAGAGCAGAAGCUUCUUAUCGAGUUGAAGGAGUGGGUCAAAUCAUUACCGGAGCAUCUACGCCUCCAUCCGGGAAAGUUGAAUUCAAAACACACCGUCUUAAUGCACCUGCAAUUCAGCUAUUGUGUGACCCUGGGGCUUCGUCCAGUCUUGCUUCAUCUAAUAAAACGAUCCUAUGCACACAGAAUGGAAGAUAUGCGUGACGAGACUGCUCCAGUUCUUGAAACAUUGAGCGAAGCUUGUAUCCAUGCUGCACGAUACUCCCUGAAAUUGUGUAUUGAAGAAUGGACAAGCGGGUCUCUUGCUAUAUUCGGAUAUGCUUUUCCUGCCUUCAUAUUCUCAUCUUCCCUGGUGUUAGUCGCUUCUAACCUGCUGACAGCCGGCGACCAGAGUGAUGCAGCCUCCGUUGAGACAGCAGCCGAGAUGCUCCAAAUCUUAAGCACUUCCCACAACUUGGCUGCGAAGGAUUUUCACGAGCACCUGCAAAGCGUGAGAGAGCAUCUUCGCAGAUAUCAAUCCGAUAUAAAGAACGCCAGUGGUGAUUCAAACACAGGCUUUGCUCUGCAAAAGAGAGCCGGCUCGAUACCACCACCAGCACAUGAACGUACUCUCCUUUCAUCUCCAAAUUUGCCCUUUGAAGAUAAUCCAACAGAUGGUCUUCCACCUGGAGGAUAUUCUAUCCACGAUUUUACGACAGAAAUGGUGCUUGAAAGCGCCCUGAUGCAGGAAUUCUUGACCCAGAGUACGUCAGAAGUCGAGUCGCUUAAUCCUUCGGGGAUGUCGGACGCGUUCGAUGCGGCGUUUUUCUGGCCGUACGAUAGUGGCCUUCUGGACUCGUAA